AUGCCGCAUAUACGCGAUGUUGCUCGAUUGUGGGCAGAGCUGGUUAAGAAGAAGGACCAUGCGUUUCUCAUUCGAGAAGUCCUUGGUCGGCUGUGGCCAAAGAGCUUUCGAGAUCCACAAGUCAUCGACGAAGCCUACGUGAAGGACAUUGUCCUUUUGAAAACGAUCUUUGGCAUUCAGCGCACACGCAUCCGAUUCAAUCCCCCAGGCCGAUACGUUCUCUCGACAGAUGAUCUUCUUGAUUGCCUCGAUUGUCUCUCCCGAGCCGCAGAAGCAUUGCGCCAAGUCGACAACAGACUCCGUCGAACUUUCAUGGAUAUUUCCCAGCAAGCUUUCUUUUCGGGAUUUCGUACAGCCGCUCUUGCCAUUGAGCGGCUGCCCAAGGAGACGCCGGCCAGAGUAGAGGUAUCCUUUCGUCUAAGAACUUGUAUCGGGAGGUGGCCGUUGGAGGACCUUCCUGGCCCAGUAAGGGACUGGAGUUCGGCCAUUUUUGAGGGCGCUGUUGAGGAUCUCCUGAGCCUGGACGAGUCCGACAGCUCUUGCGACGAACAUAUUUCCCUAGAUAGACCUGACCGCGAAAACUUUGCUCACACCUUUCGUCUGUCGAGGUGUAUCCCCCAAGCUAUCGCAUGCAUCGCUCGUGGAUGCAAAUACGCCUACCGAAGCGCACUAGUUUUGUUAGAUUUCCGAUUGAUGAUGAUGGCCGCGUGCUUCCAGCACCUGGAUAAUGGCUCCAACUCUGGCGUUCUGACCGACCCUUCGGAAAGUAGUCGAGGGAAUUCUGAUUCAAGUCUCCUCACGGACGAGUUCAACCAGCUGCUUGCAAAAUGGAGAGCUCUCGGGAACUACCUCCAGAAGGCCAAUCGGGGACGGCCUUUGUCGAAUUUCUUGUAUUUCGUCAACGACAUUGAUCCCGGGCCGCCCUUCGGCGAAAACGACGAUAUUCUCAAUUGGAUAGGCCCAACUAUUAGUGUGCCGGCAUCGUCGGCGCACCCAAGCAACCCUUCAGCUCUCUAUUCAAAUAUCGUCGAGGAUCUCAGACUCCGCAACCUUGCAGUUUUUGACGCGCAAGGGGCUCUGUUGGAUGUCCAUGGUCGCUUGUCCAAGCAAAUCCGAUCGUGGUUGCCACCGCUGGCCAACACGCCUGGUCCACACAGUUUUGACAGUCCAGAUAUAACACCUCAACAUACCAUAUAUGUGUUAGACUGCAGCGAUGUACAUCCCAUCGACUACACGAUGCUAGUGGACUGUGUGGAUCCAAGUGGUCAAGAAGUAAGCAAGCCGGUCAUCGCCCAAAGAACUUACGCUGAUCUUUACCAGGCACUCAAAAUUGGGCAAGAGAUUGUUGACGUGUAUUUUUGGUGUCCCUUUCCCCACUCAAAGGCAUCGCUCGUCCGGAAAGCCAGAAGAGUGACUCCGAUAUGUGAAAUUUAUGCCACUCUGCAGCGACUGGUCAGCUUGCAUGCCGAAACAGGUGAGCCCGUGGCCGAAAGAGAGAAUGCAUUGGCGGAGCCCGCGCAACUGUCGGAGAGCUCAGCUGGAAGUAAGGAGGCUUCUUCGAGCGACCAAUCCAUCUACAACUUCAGUUCGGCAGGCUUCAAGCCUUCGGGGAUUCCUCAAGGACAGAGCUUCCUCCUGGAGGUCUUCAACUAA